CUGUUAGCAAUGGAUACUUCAGAUGAACUGAACAUGACUCAAGUGGAAGAGUCUCAACUUGAAGUUAAAUCUUCCAACUGCUGCUCAUCUACAACCCUGAAUAAUGAUGGGAACUUUCUGAAGCUGGAAGACAGCACAAAGCUAUUUGGAGUGCAAAUUAUUCUCAUCCUCGCUUACAGCACAAUCAUAUUGUUCGGAGUCAUCGGAAACUGCUUAGUGAUAUAUGUCGUCUACAAGUUUAAAAAUCUACACACCGUGACCAAUUUCUUCAUUGUAAACUUGGCUGUGGCGGACUUGCUGGUGAACACUCUGUGUUUACCUUUCACACUUGUCUACACUCUCUAUGGUGAGUGGAUGUUCGGUCAGGUCCUGUGCUUCAUGCUACCCUGUGCUCAAGGCAUAGCUGUGCAUGUGUCCACCAUCACUUUGAACAUCAUUGCCCUGGACCGUCAUAGGAGCAUCGUCUACCACAUGGAAACCAAGAUGUCCAAAGACAUGUGUGCUGCAGUCAUUGUCAUCACGUGGGCCGUCAGUGCCCUGCUGGCUAGCCCGCUCGCCAUCUUCAGGGAGUACGGGACCUUCGAUCUCCCACCGGAUGAGUCUAUUCAGGUGUGUACAGAAAAGUGGCCAGAAAGCAGCAUGAACGGAAGUAUCUACAGCAUAUCAAUGCUCCUGGUUCAAUACGGUUUACCUCUGGCCAUCAACUCUGUUGCUUACAUCCGCAUUUGGAAUAAGCUGAAGAACCAUAUGGCUUGUGGAGGUCGAAAAGACCGCAAUCAGCGCAGGAAGAAAACCACCAAGAUGCUACUGACCAUGGUGGUGGUCUUUGCCGUCAGCUGGUUGCCUUUCCACGCAUUUCAGUUGGCUGUCGACAUCGAUAGCAGUGUUCUGUACAUGAAGGACUUUAAGCUGCUUUUCACUGUGUUCCACAUUGUGGCCAUGUGCUCGACAUUUGUCAAUCCCAUCCUGUAUGGGUGGAUGAACAAUAACUACAGGACAGCAUUUUUGUCCGUGUUUAAGUGUCAACAGCCCUUCAGUUUGAGGUCGAGACAGUCCAGACAGACACAGAAAGAGGAAGAUGGGGUCUGUACAGUUGGCAAAUCAACAAAUGUCUAA